GCACAUUGGAGCAGAGCUCGUGUUUUGACGAUGAGAACUUCGACACACUCAGCACCAAGUGUGCACUACACUCAUCCAAACUACUGAAGAAACCAGACCAAUCACGCGCAGUCAUCGCCUGCUCACACUUAUUCUGGUCAGGCGUCACUACGGAAAGUGACGGCGAG